AUGGCCGGUAUGGAUAUCACAAAUGACGUCCGAGUCGGCCAAGGCAUGAAAGAAGGCCAGCUGUCUGAAUUCAAGUUGGAUCAAACGCUUGAGUGCGACAGUCCCAUCGGCGUUGGCCGAAACCCCGAGAAGAACCCCCCUAGUGAGGCUAACAUGCAUCUGAACGACGAAAGAGAUGGACUUCAACUCCACCGUGACGAGCAGCAGUCUCGAUUGCUUCUCUUGGACCGAGAUUUGGAAUUGUCUCGACAGCGAUUGAUCAGCAUUCUUAACGACUGGAGCCAGUACUCUCGCGGGGAGCUGACCGGUCUGGCGGGUCUUGAGUAA